CAACAUGUGUAGGUGGUGAGAAUUAAGAUUGGGUCCCUCUUCUCUGGCAUCCCAAAAUGGCGAGAGCCGCCACCGGUACCUUCCAUUUUCCAUGUUUGGAUGGUCCGUACAUUUCUUAUCAGAGGAUAGGAAUAGCGGAGACGCAUUUUGGCGGAGGACUAAGAGGGGCUCUUCUUCUUCCCCACCCCUUCCAUCCCAUUACCUGGACGAGGAGGAAGAGGACGAUCAUGGCAGUUGUUCGUCCAUGUAAAGCUUCAUCAUCGCUGGAAAUAAUCGGCGGUACUGGCAAUCCAUGGGCGUCGGUUCUCAAAACGCUACAGCGUCCAUACGAACCAUUCCCGCUUAUAUGUUGGAACCGCCACAUCGAGACCAUCUUUGCCGCCUUCUUCCGUUCCCUCCCCGACGUCAGAUUCCGGAGGGAGUGUUUGAGGACGAAGGAUGACGGCGUUGUUGCUCUCGAUUGGGUCUCUGGUGACGAUCGUCUCCUUCCGGCUGAAUCUCCGGUUCUAAUUCUACUGUUGCAGCCAGGUCUAACGGGAGGCAGCGGUGAUACUUACGUUCGGCAUAUGCUUGUUCGAGCAAGAAGUAACAGGUGGCGCGUGGUAGUGUUUAAUAGCCGUGGCUGUGGAGAUAGCCCUGUUACCACGCCCCAGUUCUAUUCAGCUUCAUUUAUUGGAGACCUCGAUUUAGUGAUAAAACAUGUUGGAGAUCGUUACCCAAUGGCCAAUUUAUAUGCUGUUGGCUGGUCUCUUGGAGCCAAUAUUCUUGUUCGAUACUUGGGUCAGGAAUCUAAUAGUUGCCCACUCUCUGGGGCAGUAUCCUUAUGUAAUCCAUUCAAUUUGGUCAUUGCCGAUGAGGAUUUCCGCAAAGGUUUUAAUAUCAUUUAUGACAAAGCUCUUGCUAAAGCUCUUCGCAAAAUUUUCAAGAAACAUGCUCUCCUUUUCGAAGAUAUUGGAGGUGAAUAUAACAUUCCAUUGGUUGCUAAUGCUAAAUCUAUCAGGGAGUUUGAUGAAGGAUUAACACGGGUCUCAUUUGGUUUCAAGUCAGUAGAUGACUACUAUUCCAAUUCCAGCAGUUCAGACACUAUAAAACAGGUGCAGAAGCCUCUGUUAUGCAUCCAGGCUGCUAAUGAUCCAAUUGCACCAUCUCGAGGAAUUCCUCGUGAAGAUAUCAAGGAAAACGCAAAUUGUUUGUUGGUUGUUACCCCAAAUGGUGGCCAUCUUGGGUGGGUGGCAGGGGGAGGAGCCCCAUUUGGGGCUCCUUGGACUGAUCCUUUAGUGAUGGAAUUCCUAGAGCAACUUGAGAGAGGAAAUCGUGAUGUUUGUGAAACUGUAGCAUCCUUUAGGCAAUUGGAUGCUGCACAACAAUCUCUUGAGGGCUUGCAUGAGCUAGAGGUGUAAGUUACAGAUUAUCACUCAUUUAUUUUGAAAAUCUAUUGAUUUAUUUGAAUUGUAAAGUGUUAAUUUGAUGUGUAAAGAUUGAAGCAUGUGCUCCUUACAAGAGGCUCAUGCACUUGCUACUAGCUUAGAAUAGGAUGAUGAUAGUAUUAUGAGAUCCAAUAUCUCUGAGAAGUUAUUUAAGGCCCAUUUUUGCUCUAGAUCAAUCUUGUAAAAAAUACUCUGGAUCAGAGCCCAAGCGGUUUCGUAAAUAAAUUCUCUGCUCUUUUUAUUUUUUA